AUGCUCUGCAACAGCAUUCGAUGCAUAGCUCGUCCACAGCGUCUUAUUCAACAUACGAGACAGUAUGCCAAUGGCAGAGGAAACCUCAUUGACCUGGCGGCGAGGAUACAAGCAACCCCUUCCAUUAAAAAGGCUCCCCCACCAUCCAACCGGGUCAUUGCAUCACCUCAACCAGAGGGUCUGCAGAGAUUUACCCCCAAUAAACCAUACAAUCCAUAUGACUUUGAACCAGUAAACCGACUCCCACCAACACACAGAAGAAUGAUCGAACCCUCGGGUCCGCCACGCGCACUCGCAGUCCGCCAAGACGUCUUUUACCAACUGGGCAUCAACCCGCUGGACGAGGUCCUCAACUGCAGCCUCAUCUCCUCGUUUACGACAGACAUGGGCAGGAUACAAAAGCGAAACGAGACAAAGCUCACAUGGAGGAGUCAGCGCAAGAUUGGCAAGGCCAUUCGACGCGCACGGGCAAUGGGCUUGGUUCCAUCGUUUAGUCGAUGGGAAGACUCGAUGAUCAAGUCGAGAUGA